ACUUCGUAUCUGAAUUUCAUAAAACAAGGCAUCACUUUGUUUAAGAGGGAUAAUAGUUUAUAUGAGUAGUAAUUCAACAUGAAAACCACAUUGCUGUUAUUAUUUGCAAUAAUCGCAAUAGGACAUUGCCAAGAUUCGACAUAUUUUCUCGAACCAAAAUCUGAAGAAACUGACUACGAUCUCAUUUGCAAUGAUCACAACAUCUCAAUAAAUUUUUCCGAACUUAGUCUGAAUACUAUUAAAAAACAAUUUUUAUCAAGUCCGAUCAUAACAUGUCUAGACUUAAGCAGCAACCAAAUAGAGUCGGUAGAUCAUAAUGCAUUUUUAAAUUUGCCAAAUUUGAAAUAUUUAAACAUGAAUGGUAAUGCAUUUAAACUGCAAGAUAUCUUUGCAUAUAAUCAUAUGAAUUUGGAAACACUGUUAUUAGAUAAUAAUGAACGGUUGCCCAAUGAUUAUUAUGGAUAUGAAGGUUACACCAGUAAUUAUUAUUAUAGCGACUGUAUCCAUAGGGGAAUGUUUGGACAGGGGUCGAAUACAAUGUAUGAAGCACGUAUACAUUCAACUUAUCCAAAACUAAAAAAACUAUUUAUAAGAAAUCAUAAAACUGCAUUGAAGUUCACAGCUGAUUCAAAAGCCAAUUUUCCAUCUUUGACUCAUUUGCAUCUUUCAGGAAGUACCAUUGCACACGAUAAUUUCGAUUGGCUUCCUAAUUCAUUACAAUACUUAGAUUUAUCAGGUCAUAGUCUAAAUAGUUUUUCUUUAAGAGAUUUAAAAAAUUUGAAAUGGAUUUAUCUCGACAAUCCCGCUUCAAAAUGUUUGAGUAAGGUUAAUUUUAAAAACUUAAUAAAUUUAAAAUAUCUGUCCCUCCCUUCGAAUAAUUUUAACAGAAUCUCUCAUGAAACAUUUGCUGGUUUAGCUUCUCUUGAGUUUUUGGAUUUAUCUGACAAUAAUAUUCGGUACGUUGAGGAAGGGUGUUUCAACAGUAUGCAAAAUUUGCAAUUCUUAAACCUCUCAACAAAUAACAUCGAAAUCAUACAAGGUAGUACGUUCGACAAAUUGAAAAACUUGCAAACCUUGAUACUGAAAAAUAAUCUAAUUUCUAAAUUCCCAAUCAUUUACAACGAAAUGAAAUUGAAAAUGCUUUCCUUAAGUUGUAACUACCUAAAAACCAUUGUUCGGGGUACUUUCGCAAAAAUGCCUUACUUAGAGAUAUUACAUUUACAUGGAAACGAAAUCACGUAUAUUGACCAAGAGGCAUUUGCAGGUCUCAAAAAUUUACGAAUCCUGACGUUGUCCGAUAACAAAUUGACAAGUUUGCCGAACAAUUGGUUGCUGCCAAUGAUUAACUUGGAAAGAUUAGAUCUUUCUAACAAUUAUAUUAUAGAUUUCGGUUACUUGGCGUUGAGCGAUUCCUCGCCAUUGCAGUAUUUGUAUCUGUCGAAUCAGCUUGAAAUCGUUAGAUCUAUUUCGCUAUUAGAAAACGUUCCUGAAAAUGUAACGAUCUCGUUGAAAGCUAAUGAUACAUUUGUUGAGAAAUGCGUUAAAGAAGAUGAAAAUGUAACGGACGGAGAGGAGACGAGUCGGAAAGCGAAAAGAGUAGACGCGGGCUUGAACCGCGGACCCCGAGAUUAACAAGCGGGAGCUCUAACCACUGAGCUAACUUCUACGAUGCAAGCGCAUGCUAUGCAUCGUAGUACGGCUCUGCGGACUCUUAUCGCUGACUCGUCUCGCAGCUCGCGUUGCAGACGUGUGCGUCUGUGACAAAAAAUAUCGUAGCAGAUUGUAUGGUUAAUUUUCUGUAUUAUACGUGGUAGAUAGAUAGAUAACAUAAAUAUAAUGAGUUUUACUAAAUUCUGUAUUAAUUAUUUACGUAUUUGUAUCAUCAUCAAUAAGUAAAGUGCGAUUGAUUAUUAUUCAAAUUAUAUGCAUAUAUAUUAAAAUUUUCAUAAACAACAAAUAAAUAUAUGAAAACAUAAAUUUAA